AGCGGGCCACAGGCCUCACACUCACGCGGUGGCAGGCGGUGGCCCCCAAUCGGUAUAAAGUGCCUGUUUCUCCUUCAUCUCAACCACUAUCUUCCUCCAUCCCUGAGGACGUGUUCACAUUCGACACGUUCCAUCCACGUCCAUCCUCGUAGUCGUCUUCGCCACUCGACGUUUUCAUGCCCAACGACACUCCUGCAUUAGACCCCACGAUGACCAGCUCAACGAAGAAUUAUGUCGUCCAAGUUACCCAAACGUGGCGUGGCAAAGACUCGGAUGGCAAGGUUUUUCCAUUGCACUGGGCCUUGACGAUCAUAACGUCGGACAUCGGGGACGAGCCGAGUGGCAACAUAUAUAACGCGGCCGGGAAUAUUGACACCUAUUAUUUCGACCAGCACAACGACGUCCCGCUCAGAGACGCUAACUGGCGAGGGGACUUGCCCAUCGGUACGAUCCGUCAGGCGGAUUUGGCCGAUGCUGAACGCAUUCUGGCCGAUGUGGAGAUCACCCGCCACCACACAAACUGGAAUUGCCAGAAUUGGGUCUGGGCCAGCAUCAGAGCACUCCGUCGAGGAGGAUAUGCCGUGCAGAUGUUCACCCGGGAGCAGCUAAUCGAGAAGAUGGAUAAACUGCUUGAUGACUGGGAAUCCGGUGAGAUCUGACCUAAUGCCACCGUUGGUAUGUCUCGAACGCAAUACGCCAGACCGUGAUCUUGUGACUGUCGAACUCUCAUCUCACUUACUCGAAUCCUCUCUUAUACCUUACCUGUCCCUGGUGCAAACUGUCUUACUUACGCAAGUUGUCUGGCUUUCAGAUCGACCGUAGUCAAGUGACAUAGAAAUGAUGAGUAAUGAUAAUGCAAGUACGUCUGGUGGUC